UGCGUCAGGAGAGGAGACGUAGCGCGGGCGCCUUCACCGUAUCUGAACAGAAUCGGAGCUGGCGAUGCCUGGAUCUGAUUUUCCAGCUAUUUGUAGUGCUUAAGCUGUGAAUGGCGCCUAAACAGGACCCUAAACCUAAAUUUCAAGAAGGUGAACGAGUGCUGUGUUUUCAUGGGCCGCUGCUAUACGAAGCUAAGUGUGUAAAAAUCAGUAUUAAGGACAAGCAAGUCAAAUACUUCAUUCAUUAUAGUGGAUGGAAUAAAAACUGGGACGAAUGGGUUCCUGAAAGCCGUGUACUCAAAUAUGUGGACAGCAAUCUGCAGAAACAGAAAGAGCUUCAAAAGGCAAAUCAAGACCAUUAUGUUGAGGGAAGGAUGAGGGGAGUUGCACCGAAUAAGAAGAUAGCUGCUGUGCAGCAAAAAAAUGUUGAUGUGAAAACAAAAAAGAACAAACAAAAGACACCAGGAGCUGGUGAAGGGACCAGCACUGGAGAACUUCCUCACCCUCCACGCAAGAAGAGGGCACGUGUUGACCCAACUGUGGAGAGUGAGGAGACCUUUAUCAAUCGUGUGGAAGUCAAGGUAAAGAUUCCUGAAGAGUUAAAGCCAUGGCUGGUCGACGACUGGGACCUGAUCACUAGACAGAAGCAGCUGUUCCACCUGCCUGGAAAGAAGAAUGUAGACAUGAUCCUGGAGGACUAUGCAAAUUACAAGAAAUCAAGAGGAACCUCUGAUAACAAGGAAUACGCUGUGAAUGAAGUGGUUGCUGGCAUCCGCGAGUACUUCAACGUUAUGUUAGGCACACAGCUCCUUUACAAGUUUGAGAGGCCACAGUAUGCAGAGAUCUUGGCUAACCAUCCAGACACGUCAAUGUCACAGAUUUAUGGCGCACCACACCUACUGAGGCUUUUUGUGAGGAUUGGGGCCAUGCUGGCAUACACACCUCUGGAUGAGAAAAGCCUAGCUCUGCUGCUCAGCUACUUGCAAGAUUUCUUGAAGUAUUUGGUAAAGAAUUCAUCGUCCCUCUUCAAUGCCAGUGACUACGAGGUUGCACCACCAGAGUACCACCGCAAGGCUGUGUGAACACAACGCCAGUGAUGGUCUGUGGCGCUGAAAUUUCAUUACUGAACAUUUUUUAUUUUUUAUUUUUUACCCCUUUAAGGGAAACCCCAGAAUCUAACGAAAGCCCUAGAACAGUUUGGUUGACUGGAAAAUGAAUCAAGACUGAUAACAGCCCAUUGUGCAGGACUGAUACUAAGGCUUUGUGGAAUGCUGCUCAGUGUCAUCGUGUAAUUAAAAUAUAUUUUGGUUCAGAUAACACUGAAACUGUGUGGUAAAACCAGAAUCAAGGUAAAUACUGCCAAUUUUUUUUUUUUAAAUAUAUAUAUAGUAUGUUUGUUAAUAAAUUGUCCUUCUCAAA